AUGAUGAAAAGAAGGUGGUCCAAUAACGGGGGCUUUACCGCCCUGCGCAUGCUGGACGAGAGCAGCUCGGAGGUGACGUCCUCGUCGGCCGCGCUGGUCAUGUCGCCGGGCAUGACGAUGUCACCGACGUCGCUCGGUUCGCCAGAGUACAACGAUCUCGAGCUGUGGGGCGCGUACGACGAGAACGCUUACAACGGCCACAGUGUCCUGUCGAACGGGAACAACAAUCUCGGUGGCGGUGGUUGCGGUGCCGCCGUCGCCGCCAACCAGCUGCUCAUGAACGGCAUCAUGAACGGCAGCAACAACCUGAACGGGAUGAUGAACGGGAUCGGGCUGGGGCCGGGUUCGGUCGGCCCGAAUGGUGGGGGUGGUGCGCAGGCCAGCACCAACCAGAUACAGCAGUUUGUCGGCAAUCUGAUCAACGGGAUGAACCACUCGCAGACCAUCAUACCGCCACUGCCCUCGAUCAUACAGAACACGAUCAUGAACACACCGCGCAGCGAGUCGGUUAACUCCAUCUCAUCAGGACGUGAGGAUUUGUCCCCGUCGAGCAGUCUCAACGGCUACACCGGUGAUGGUAGUGAGGCGAAAAAGCAGAAAAAGGGUCCAACACCACGGCAGCAGGAGGAACUCUGUCUCGUGUGUGGUGACCGGGCAUCCGGCUAUCACUACAAUGCGCUUACCUGCGAAGGUUGCAAGGGCUUCUUCCGGCGUAGUGUCACCAAGAAUGCGGUCUACUGCUGCAAGUUUGGCCAUGCGUGCGAGAUGGACAUGUACAUGCGGCGCAAGUGUCAGGAGUGUCGGUUGAAGAAGUGUCUCGCGGUGGGCAUGCGACCUGAGUGCGUCGUGCCGGAAAACCAGUGCGCCAUCAAGCGGAAGGAGAAGAAGGCACAGAAGGAAAAGGACAAGGUACAGACGAACCCUUCCACCACCGUUAGUACAACGAACGCCAGCUACAAGUCGGAGCUGCUGCCGGUAUUAAUGAAGUGUGAAUCACCGCCCACCGCAGCGAUACCGCUACUACCGGAGAAGCUGUUGAAUGAAAACCGACAAAGAAAUAUACCUCUACUGACGUCCAAUCAGAUGGCCGUCAUCUACAAACUCAUCUGGUACCAGGAUGGAUACGAGCAACCGUCGGAAGAAGAUCUCAAGAGGAUAAUGAUUAAUUCACCCAACGAGGAAGAAGAUCCCCACGAAAUCCACUUUCGGCACAUAACGGAAAUCACCAUUCUCACAGUACAACUUAUCGUGGAGUUCGCGAAGGGACUACCAGCAUUUACGAAGAUCCCGCAGGAGGAUCAAAUAACGUUACUAAAGGCGUGCUCCAGUGAGGUGAUGAUGUUGCGAAUGGCCCGCCGGUACGAUGCCGAAACCGACUCCAUCCUCUUUGCCAACAACCGAUCGUACACGCGCGACUCGUACAAGAUGGCGGGCAUGGCGGAUACGAUCGAGGAUCUGCUACACUUCUGCCGGCAGAUGUACACGCUCACGGUGGACAACGUGGAGUACGCGCUGCUAACGGCGAUCGUCAUCUUCUCCGAUCGACCCGGUCUCGAGAAGGCCGAACUGGUUGAGACGAUCCAGAGCUACUACAUCGAUACGCUGCGCGUCUACAUCCUGAACCGGCACGGGGGCGACCCGAAGUGUAGCGUCACGUUCGCGAAGCUGCUCUCCAUACUGACCGAGCUGCGGACGCUCGGGAACCAAAACUCGGAGAUGUGCUUCUCGCUCAAGCUGAAGAACCGCAAGCUGCCCCGCUUCCUGGAGGAGAUAUGGGACGUGCAGGACAUACCACCGGUUGGGCUGGCACGGCAUCAAGAGCUGGUCGCACAGCAGCAGCAGCAGCAGCAGCAACAACAGCACCACCAACAGUCGGACAAUCCGAACGCUUCCUCAAUGGCAUCCACCUCGUCGAACAUUGUCGUCGUCAGUAACGGUGUACAGCUCGGUUCGAUGCAGCAAUCCAGUCAGCUGCAGCAGCAGCAGCAGCAGCAACAGGUUCACAGUAAUGGCGGUGUGCCCACGAUUCCCAUCGGUACACCCGUGGGGGUAGGGGUCAGCAACGGUUCCGUGAACGGUAGCAGCAGUAGUAGUAAUGGCGCGAACGGCAGCAGUAGCACAAGUAAUAGUAGUAACAGCAGCAGCAGUAGUAGUAAUAACACCAGUAGCACUAACAACAACACCAGCAGUAAUAGUAGUAGCAACGGACUGCUCUCCACUGUCGGAAUGCUCGAACACGUAUAGCUAGCGUAGGGCACGGUGCCCUCCGUCGUCGGCACCGUCACCGUUGAUGCGUUGCAGUUGCACCGUGGCCCAUCAUCAUCGUCUGCGGCGGGUGACGUACUGUUCGACAGUCACUAUCCGCUGGCGGGGCUGAUCGGUGCGACCGAGCAACCCGUUGGCGAUGACGACGGCGACGACGAUGGUGGCGUCCGUGCGGACACCGGUAGCGUCUUCCCGGACGACGACAUUCUAUUUAUCGUAGAGAGUUAAUUUAUUUUAGCUGGUUUAUUACCCUUCUGUCCUUCCUCCUGUGCGCGGUGAUCAUCAGGAUGAUGCUCCAUAAGAUCAGGGAAGCUCUUCUCGUGUGUGGAGGGCCCAUUUGCACAAAAUCGGUCAAAACAUAUACUUCAUGGGGGAGAGAUUUUUUCAUGGAUUUUUUCAAUUCGUGCACACGCACACACCCUACGAAAGGGCGUAAAAAGAGUGUGAAACAUACUACUCUGCAAGAGGUGUGUUUGAGAGGUCGCGCGGGACAGAAGCAAACAAUAUUUCAUUCCUCCCCAUUUAUUACAUAAUGUAACAAUUGUACAGUUUAGUAGGCACGCGACGCGAUGAGCGACGACACAAAAGCAGCGGAUAGUGAAGGUUGGUUUAAGUUUAGUAAGUUUAGUAAUUUAGCGAAAGCGAUCGUGCGUUUUUUUUUCUUCACUUAUUUGUUUUGUUAUUGUACUUCUUUAUUUUUUUUUGCUACACACACUGUUGUUGUUGCAAAGGGAAAAUAGGAAAAUGCAAAUCAAGCACAUUUUCAUAGCGAAGGAAGAAUUAAAAAACCAGAAAGGGAAUUUUGCAAUAGGAAACCAUUAUAAUAUUGUCUUGUAGAUAAUCAGCUUCCCUCCGAUGCGAGGGAGCUUUAGGGAUGAGAAACUCCGCGUCAUCAAAGGAACAUUUUGAUUCGGGGACAGGGAGAGAGCGAGAGAGCUGUGCGCCGUAAACUGUGUUGUGAACUGUGUGUGUGGAAAGGAGAGAAUAACGAUAAAGAAAGGACUACUAAUUACUAAUGGAUAAGUUUGCAGGAUUAGUACCGUGUUUUAUACGAUAGAAUGGUAGGGACGGAGGGGGGGUUGUGUGCCACGGUUUUUACCCAUCGGAUACGGGGGUACCCGGGUGCACACGUGCGCGUUAGUAGUAGUGUGUCUCUCUGUGUGUAUUUAAGCAGAUAGAGCGUUACGAUACUAAUAAGCUAAGCGCGGGGAGGUAUACACAAAACAGGAAAAUGCGUUCAGAUAGUGAGCGAACCGACACACUACUACGGCGACGACUACUACGACUACUACUACUACUACACUAUUACUGUGGAAAAAAAGAUGCGAAAGAAGGCGCACCUUAUCAAGCAUCCUUCAUCCCCAAAAAACACAAACUGCAAUCGUCGUGUCCCAAAUCCCCGGUAUAACAACAGCAAACACACGUACACACAUGCGGACUUCCAACAGGGAAGAUCUUUAUUAACUCUACUGCCAGCUACAAUGCGCUGCUAUAGUGUAAUAGUAAGGGUAGUAGCUACUGCUAUUACUACUACUACUACUACUACCACUACGAAUACUGCUAAACUACUAUUUACUUUUGAAAUUUGCUACCGGAAACACUGCGAGAAUUAUUGUGAAUGCAACAAACAGCAAAACAAACAAAACACACACAAAAAGAAAACCAUACACACAACAACGAAAACAAAACUGCUGCAAAGGAAGUAGAAGAAAAACAUAAAAAAAACAAAAACAUCCGACCCAGAAUACUUACUGCCAAGAAGAGAAGUAGAUGGUGUGUGUAGUGUAGAAGAAGCUAAAACUCCUCUUCCCGAGAACGUUUUUUUUUAUUGUUUACAGAGAAAAGCACACUUUAAAUGCCACGAAAUGAUGUUCACAGCAUGAGCAAAAACCAAGGGGAAUUUCGCUUCCUUGCUUUGUGUUUGGAGAGUUUUUUUUUAUUUUGGUGUGUGUGUCGGGAUGGUUAGUCGAGGGCCACGCUGAUAGUACUCGGUUAGUAGUAUAGUGUAAGUGCGCAGGAUUAGAUCGUGUUGUGUGUGUGUGUGUGUGUGAAGGGCAGAUGUGGGAUGUAGUUUGAUGGAAACACGGAAAGGGAAUCGGUGCGACGAAGAAGGGACCGCACACGCGUGCGGCGUAAGGAAAGGGGACCUUCUUUCGUAUCGUUUGGCUGUGACUUGUUAAUAAUUUUUAAGAGAAGCAUAUAUUAUUAUUACUAUCAACAUAACUAACUACUAUUACCAAUAUUGCACACCAUACAAACCCACACACAACAAAACAAAUGCUAUGUCAGCUUAAAGAAGAGACAUUUAUAACCGACAAACUGCGGUGUGCGUAUAUUUGUGUGCGCGAAUGUUGUGAAGAACGAGGUAGAACAGAACAGAACGGAACAGGUCCCGAAACCAGGAUAGUGUUUAAAGCAAAUUGCAGAAAUUACAUCCACCACCCACUCGCAGAAAAGUGUGUGUCGGGAAAGGAAGGUUAGAAUUAAGCUCUAUAGCUGUACUAAGGUAUAAAAAGAUUGGAAAAGCAUAGCAAAACAAAAAAAAAAUCGCACAUACACACACACACACAUGCAGAAAGGAAGAUGAUAAUGGUGAUAAUCCCCAUCUUUACGAUCGUGUCUGUAGUUGUUUUCCGAUAUUUGGAACGAAUUAGUGUGAAAAUGCCGUGACGUGCUGUUUAAAAGGUUUGAUGAAAGUGGGUAAUGUGUGGGGACCCCAUUGAUUCUUCCUUUUCUACUUGAUAAGUGUGUGUGUGUGUGCUAUUAGUUUCCCUUUUUAGUAAACACUCAAUCGGGCAGUUAGUAACAAAAAAAGCGCAGGAAGCAAACAGGUAGUAGGGCUUUAAAGCUCUUAUAUAGGUUUCCCCCUUUCCCACCUGUCGAUAUCUUCCCGGUAUAGGCAACACAACAACAAACCCCAUUUUUCUUUGUCCCCUUGGUCCCAAAACGGUACGAAUUGAAUUUUAAAUGAAGUAAAUCAUGUGCACUUGCAUGUACUAGACAAAAUUCUCUAAGGAAUGACAUUCGCAGGCCGGUUGGAUUUGUUGCCUCUUCCACCUUCCUCCGUGAUAGAAUCCCGUGUUUCUUUUUUUUUCGCUUCCUAAAGAAAUUGUAUAAUUUAAAUCAUAUUAGUAGGACAAAAAAGUUUGCUUGUAAAGAACAAAAAAAGUAAUGUGCAUUUACUUUAUUUACACCCUUUAGCCGUUAGGAAUGGAAUCCUUCUUAGCGUGCUUCUGUUACAUUUUUACAUAUCCGUUUCUAGUAGCAUUAUUCGAUCCGUUACAAAGUCAAACGCUUCAAUUCGCUUGAAUUAAAAUAAAUUCCCUAGCUGCGUUCCCACUUCGUUCUCUAUUUAGGACACUUGUAGCCUAUUUGCCUCCAUUUGGUGCGAAAUCGAAUGUUUUACUAUGACGGCAAAAUUAUAUCAAUUAUUAGUCAAAUGUUGUGUAAAUCGUUUUUAGCCAAAAGAAAAAAAAACAAAACAACAAAACAAAAAGGUGAAAAGCCGUCGCGUUGCGCGCGUGUUUUGUCCUGCCUUUUUGCAUUGGUUUUUUUGUGUCACCCUGUGUUGUAGUGAAAUUUUUUAAAUUAAAUCACCAUCCAUAUCCACCCGUCCAUCAGCAAUCUUUAAUUUUCUCUCUCUUUGUUUUUUUUGUUAUGUCCAACGACGGCAAAAACAGAAAAGUGUCGUUUGUGUGUAGCAAAAAUAUUUUUCAUAAAAAGAACACAAAUAGUAGACACAAACAAACAAAACUCUGGGGAACAAGCACACGAACAAGCACAUCCGCCUGAAAAUGGAAAUGCUUUGUUUGUUUUUUGUUUUAGUUAAAAUGCAUAAAAUUUCAUAAUAGCACACCGCUGUGUCGUUUGAUAUAAACAAAUGUUUCUCAACAUGGAGUAGAAAACAGUGACAAGAAAAGUGAAACGAAACACGUGAAUGCCGACAACAACACAAUGGAAAGAGGAUAGUUCUAAGAAGGACGAGAGAGAGAGAGAGAGAGAGAGAGAGAGAGAGAGAGAGAGAGAGAGAACAGUUUUUGUUUUCGUUUCGGAAACGGAGGUGCCUUUUGACAAACAAACAAAUAAAACAAACAAACAAAACAAAACAAAAGUCGCAAACAGUGCAGGAAACUCAACAAAAGGAGAACAAAAAUGCAAACAAACAAAAAAAGAUAAAUAAACAACUUGCAGCAAGUUUAAUGAAGAGGAAAAAUAAACAGUCACAUUCAUACAAACUUCAACCUUCAAAGCAAACAUAGAACAGAUGGAUAGCAGUUAAUGAAAAAAACAAAAUAACACAUUUAUAAAAAAAAACAAACCAACAAACAUACAAAAACAGCCGAAGAUGUAUUUCUGUUUUGCAUGGAAGUGGAAGUAGGAAGUGGAACAAGAAACGAGGAAUGAAAAAAUGAAACCUAGUGAACACACAAAUUCUUUAACAUAAGUGCAGCUUUCAUUUGUUGUGUGCCGAACGGUGCACAAUACAAUACACAACAGAAACUUUACUUAGAUAGGCGUUUUGGGGGAAAUGAAUUGCGUGCAAGCGAGUGGGGGUUGCUUUUAAAACGAAACAGUAACUACUGAGAACCACUGAUAUAUGAUGGACUGAUCACUUGUGGUGUGCGUGUGAGUAUAGUGGACGUUUGAAAUGGUUUCGGGUUGGCAAGAGAGGUACAGUGGAAUAGGACAAAACAUCAUCCCUCUCGUACGAAUGUGCGCACCACCGCCCACAACCUGUUAUGAAAUGGGCAACAUAACUUUGUAUAAAAUUACGACAUGCAAAAUGGCUUUUUAUGGGACAAAUUCUUACACAUAGUCACACAUACACACAAGUGAAUGAUACGUCUAUACAUCUAUAUAUACCCCGAUAUUCGAUUCCGGGUGCAGCUGAGUGAAGAUACUUCUUUACUGCAAACAGUCCCGAAUUGUAUACAAAAUGUUGAAAAAAAAAAUGUGUAAAAUAUGCGCAUUGGUGAGGAAAGAGGAAAACAAACGAUAGAAAGUCACAAACUACGGGGGAAAAACAAAAACCGAAGCACCAAAACUGCGCUUGGAUUGUAAAAUUGUGUACAGUUUUUAAAAUGUAGAAAGUCUCACAUUGUUUUCACAUUUAAACGUUGCGGAAAGUUGUGGCAAAAAGGAAGAAAAAAAAAGACCUUUACCACCGGAAAGGGGGCAAAGUUGUAAGCGCGGAUGAUGCGGUUAAGGUUACAAAACUAAACACACACAAAAACAGUGGAAGAAACAGCCGAAAAAAAAACGACGUGUGCAAAAAAGAAAUGCUAAGGGAAAGAGUUGUAAAAAUUGGGGAAAAAACAUGCAAGAGAGAAAUAGAGGGAGCUAUACAGAGCAGCAGCAGCAGCAGCAGUGUAAUAGUGUAAUUUUGUGUAAUUUCGUGUUAAGCAUUGAACUGGGAUAUGUGCAAAAUUUUCUCAAAUACUAUUAAUGACUUAUCGAUAGUUACUUUUUAUUAUUAUUGCUAUAUUAUUUUAUUAUUUUUUUGUAAUAAAAUAUUUCUUUUUUAUUCAAAUGA